AUGCUCUGGCGCACGAAGUCCCACCACAGCCAGGCGUCCGAAGCGGACGCCUCGGUCGCGCGUACCGCGUCCCCGUCCCAGAAUGAUCCGUCCGCUUCCGCCGAUCAAGCUGCGGGCACUGCGUGGCUCGCUGGACACUUACACCACCUUACGCCGGGGCAGGAUGAGAAACUGGUCGAAUUCAAGACUGUCUGCGCUGAGCGCAAAUACUAUACACCUGGUGUGGAACAGGGUGGCGAGACUCAGCCGCCAAGCCAUGAUGAUGCGACUAUGCUGCGCUUCCUGAGAGCUCGCAAGUUCGAUGUCGAGGCUGCCUGGGGUCAGUUCAAGGAUACGGAGGACUGGCGAAAGGAGAAUAAGAUCGAGGACCUGUAUGCGCAUAUUGGCGUGGAUUCAUACGAGGCUGCUCGUCGCAUGUAUCCUCAGUGGACCGGUCGUCGUGAUCGCCGCGGCAUUCCCGUCUACGUCUUCGAGAUCCGCCACCUCGACAACAAGGCUGUGGCUGCUUUCAACACUACGGCGACCACCGGUAUCCCCGAGACACACAAGUCUUCUUCCGUCCCGGCUCGUCUGCUAAACUUGUUCGCUUUGUAUGAGAAUCUUCUCAACUUUGUUAUGCCGCUGUGCUCGACGCUGGCGCGACCUAACCCCGAGACGCCCAUCGUCACAUCUACUAACAUUGUCGAUGUGGGCGGCGUUGGACUGAAGCAAUUCUGGAACCUGAAGAGCCACAUGCAGGAUGCCAGUGUGUUGGCAACAGCUCACUACCCCGAGACGUUGGAUCGCAUUUUCAUCAUCGGUGCUCCAAGUUUCUUCCCUACCGUUUGGGGCUGGAUCAAGCGCUGGUUCGACCCCGGCACUACUUCGAAGAUCUUCAUUCUGUCCGCCGCCGAGGUGAAGCCGACUCUGACCUCCUUCAUGGAGCCCUCCAGCAUCCCCAAGCAAUACGGUGGCGAACUCGAGUGGCAAUGGGGCGACAUGCCCAACCUGGACGAGCCAGCGAAGGCGAAGCUCCAGGGCAUCGAGCAGACCUCGCCCGAGGGCAAGAAGGAGAUGCUGAAGGGACCCAUGCUGUUCAAGGGUGACCACAUCGAGGUGCUGGGCAGCCAAAGUGGCAAGGAUAGACGGGAGACCAUCCCGGUGCCUUCAACUGAGACUUCUGCCGAGUCCAACGAGAAUCCAGCCGGUGACGUCGUGGCACCUUCUGCCUCCACUGAGAACGAGAAGACAGGCAUCGACGCAGUCAACGUGAACCAGGUGAAUGAGACCGAGACUCAAACCGCGACCGCUGCCGCAUAG